ACAUGUGAUGAUUGUCCCAGUCCACUCAAUGCUCAACCGCGGGCUUACUGUUCACAACUGAGCAGGCUUCGGAGAGUAGAGUGUUUGAAUAUGAAAAGCAAUGUCUUUCUAUCGCAAUAUCGUCUGGUUUCUCAAAGGAAUUCAUGAAUAUACAAGGAGAGGAUACGAGCAAGCAGCGAAACACUUUGUCCCCAAGGAGCUGGAUGUGGCCGUGGUAGGAAGGUCCUUCAUGAUAACAGGAGCUAAUAGUGGCAUAGGGAAAGCCACCGCUAUGGCCAUAGCAAAGAGAGGUGGUACAGUCCACAUGGUAUGCAGGAACAAGGAGCGGGCUGAGAAGGCCAGGGAGGAUAUCGUCAGGGAGACGGGGAACACAGAAGUAUACUUUCACUGUCUGGAUCUGUCUGAGACACACAAGGUGUGGGAGUUUGCUGAAUCCUUUAAGAUGCAGUACCCCUCCCUUAAUGUUUUGAUUAAUAAUGCUGGGUGCAUGAUGAACAAGCGAGAGGUGAACGAUCACGGCCUGGAAAGAAGCUUUGCCACCAACACCCUAGGAGUUUAUAUUCUCACCCAGAGCCUCAUUCCACUUCUUCAAAAAAGCAGGGACCCCAGGGUGAUUACAGUAACAUCAGCAGGCAUGCUGGUCCAGAAGCUCCAGCCUGCUGACCUCCAGUCUGAAAAAGGUCCCUUUGACGGCACCAUGGUCUAUGCCCAGAACAAGAGACAGCAGGUGGUGCUGACAGAACAAUGGGCUAAAAGCCACCCAGCCAUCCAUUUCUCUGUAAUGCACCCUGGAUGGGCAGACACACCAGCGGUUUCCACAUCAAUGCCUCAGUUCCACCAGAUGAUGGGGGAGAGGCUGCGUAGUGCAGAGCAGGGGGCUGACACGGUGGUGUGGCUGGCGCUGACCCGGGCUGCUGGCAAGACACGCAGUGGAAGGUUCUUUCAAGAUCGGCAGCCAGUACCGGCCCACCUGCCCUUGGCCUGGACCCACAGUACCCCUGAGGACGUCCGGUUCUUCAUGACCCAGCUAGAGACCCUAGCACAGGAUGCAAAGAAGCCUCACACAGACAAGCUACCCAGUUUUGAUCCAACAUAUUGAAAGCAUGAUCGACCCGAUGGCCCGUAUCAAGUAUAGAAAGGAUUUGGCUGAAGCUGUGACCCCAACAGAACCACCACAUUACUAAGCUCUUUGUGUAGAUUUUAAUAUUAAACCAGUUAUAACACUCAAUGGAUUGAUUCAAUGCUUAUAAAUCCUAACCUCCAUGAAAGUCACAUUUUAACUGUCACACUUUGAUUUCAAUGGGAAGUAGCCCUUAGAUUUUUCAAUAUUGAUUGUUCAGAAGGCUUGUGUGUGAUCAGUGACCCUGGCCCGUUAGAAGUGGUUGGUAGCUCAUUCUGAUGGUACAGGUUGAAAUAUUCACAUGAACUGAGAAUUCACGAUUGCUCAUGUCUUUGAAAUGUCCUUUAGCUGCCCUGUGUCUUUUCUUGGUAAUAAAGUACCCAGACUGUG